GACAGUACAUGCCAUGUUCUUGUAUAUCACUUAUGGGACAGUUAUGACAGUGUUCAAGGGGGGACUUGAACCUGUCUCGGGAACUUUACAUGUUCCCACCAUAUUUUCUCACAGAAAAUAUGGUUUCCAUAGGAACAUGUACCUGUUAGUUUUUGAAGAGUCAUGGGGAAUCUCGAAACAGUGAAAAAAACAGUUGCACAGUGAUCAUACAUAGUAAACAUAAGGAACAGAGGUCAUAUGAGGUCAGAGGGUGCCUUGAAACAGGCGUGAGAUUUCUGCACCUGCACCAGAAAUGUAACAAAAUCUAUAGACCUAUAUAAAGAGGAGUUGAGUGGUCAUCAGAUCAUACAGCACUGAUAUUUACAGAGAAUAUGGUGGAGAGACAUACUGUACAAGAAGUACUUGAUCUAAUCUUCCAAGAUGAAGACAGUGAUUUGGACGAGGAUGUGUCAGAGCAAGAAGACCAAUUAGAGGAAAACUCUGAUUACAGUCACUCUGAUGAUGACGACGACGACGAUGAUGAUGAUGAUGAUGAUGAUGAUGCCAAUGAUGAAGAAAAUGAGCAGGCAGUGGGGGAGACAGUCAUGUCGAAAAACAAUGCCAUCAUUUGGUCCUCACUUCCUCAUACAGUUGCAGGGAGGAUGGCAGGGGAAAAUGUCAUUCGAAUGACUCCAGGACCCACAAGACUGGCUAUUUCCCAAGCAUUUGGCAUUCUGUCAACGUUCCAGCUCUUCCUUCCUGUAGCCAUUGAAAGAAUUGUCAUUGAAAUGACAAACAGGGAAGGGAUCAAACGGUAUGGUCAAGCGUGGAAGACCAUAGAUGUGACUCAGCUGCAUGCCUACAUAGGGCUUCUAAUACUGGCUGGCGUUUACAGGUCAAAGGGUGAGGCUGCUUCCAGUCUCUGGAAUGCUGACACAGGAAGACCAAUAUUUCGUGCCACCAUGUCCCUAGAGAUGUUCCGUACCAUAUCAGCAGUCAUCAGAUUUGAUAAUCGAGAGACAAGACCUGUGCGACGUGUCACUGACAAACUGGCAGCAAUCAGGGAUGUCUGGGACAAGUGGGUAGAACGGCUACCUCUAAUGUACAACCCUGGUCCUGAGGUGACAGUGGAUGAAAGAUUGGUUCCAUUCAGAGGUCGCUGUCCUUUUCGGCAGUACAUGCCUAGCAAGCCAGGGAAAUAUGGCAUAAAGCUAUGGGCAGCUUGUGAUGCACGUUCCAGUUAUGCUUGGAAUAUGCAAGUAUAUACUGGGAAGCCAGCUGGGGGAACCCCAGAGAGAAAACAGGGCAAGCGUGUUGUGCUAGAGAUGACAGAAGGGCUAAGAGGACACAAUGUGACAUGUGACAACUUUUUCACCUCUUAUGAGCUUGGUCAGGAGCUCCUAAAGAAGAAGAUGACAAUGGUUGGCACAGUGAGACGGAACAAACCUGAGCUACCCCCCACUCUGGUGACAACAAGAGGGAGAGAGGUAUUUUCAUCGAAGUUUGCUUUCACCCAUGACACCACAGUUGUUUCAUACAUGCCAAAGAAGAACAAGAAUGUCAUCCUAAUGAGCACAUUGCACAAGGCCGCAGAGAUCAGUACUUGGGAGGACAGAAAACCCACCAUGAUACUUGAAUAUAAUGCCAACAAAGGUGGAGUGGACAAUCUUGAUAAAGUGACAGGCACAUACAGCUGCAAGAGGAGGACCGCCCGCUGGCCUCUUGCUAUAUUUCAUAAUAUCAUUGACAUAUCCACCUACAACUCGUUUGUGAUCUGGAGAGAGCUAAACCCUACCUGGAGGGCAAGCGUGAGGAACUGGAGGAGGCACUUUUUGGAGGAACUUGGAAAGGCUCUCGUGACUCCAUGCAUGCAAAAGCGGCAACACCUUCCUCGCACAGCAGCUUCUGCCGCACUGGUAAGAGCAGUACAGCCACCUCAGCCUGGCACUGGCACUGAUGUCCCACAUGAAGACAACAGAAGGGGACAGAAAAGAAAGAGGUGCAACUUCUGCCCACCAAAAAAACACUGCAAGACCGGGACAACCUGCUGCAAAUGUAGGAAACACAUAUGCAAGGCCCACACACACAAGGUGUCACACUACUGCUUUGAAUGCACACAGUAAUAUUGUUGUGGAUGAUGUGAUUUAUGUUCUAACUGCUGAUGUUGAAUUCAUACUGAAUUUAUAUAAUUAAUGAAUGUGUUAUUGCAUUGGUAGUUAUGGAGAGUUUUUUGGUGUUAAGACAAUGGGGACGGUGUUCAAUGUUCCAGUGGUUGU